ACCUCUGACCUCUGCUGUACAGAUGAGAAUGGGCCAGAGACAGGACAAGGCGUCAGGGCAAGGGGUGAAGGCCGGCCCCGCCCGGGCACCGCGGGGUAGUGAGGACACCCGCCGACAGUUCAAGGACCUGGAGGAACCAGGCGGCAGCGGCGGCACGGCAACCAACGGGUGUCAGGACUACUGUUACCAGGGCAACGGGGUCAAAGAGCAGGACAGCAGGACAGCACCUGUCUGGCAGAGCAACAUGAGCAGAGAGAGCCCCUGCCCCUAUGUCACAAAGGGAGGGGCAAGAGCUACAACCAAAGUGGAGGAGGCGGGUCUUCUAACGACGGCGCAGCUCCAUAAUAGCCAAAGCCCAGCGUCCAGCGCGCAGACAGCCUCACGCUGCGACAGGAGCACGGACUGCAGCGCUUACGGCGGGAUGGCCCAGCGAGGGAGGGGCCAGGAAGAGGCGGAUGGUGUCUGCUUGCUCCUCACGCCGGGCCACGAGGGCGAAGAGAUGCACCUCCACUCAGCUCACAUCGGCUGGCCUCCGGGUCCCCGCGCCGAACAAGGGUCAGUCUACCCCUGCCAGCCCAUUCCGUCAGCGUUAAAAAAAGCACUGGGGGAAGGGAGAUGGGCGCCGUUGGAGGAGGGGGUGACGCCUGGCUCCCUCAGCCUGCAGCACCCCUCUGAGAGGGGCAUCUGGACUGUUUCUGAAACAGCCAGCGAGGGUUCUGCUGCCCCUUCUGACCCAGAGCCGGCUGCAGUCCAGACUGGGGAUCAGGGCACCUCCCUUUCGGAAGUGAAACAGGAUGAAAGCUUCUCUGGCCGGGACGUUUUUAAACCAGGGGCUUCUUGGGUCAUGACUGGAGCAAGGACUGGAGCAGCUGCCAAUUCAGAUGACGGUACAGGGUCUGGACGAAGGAGUCCAUCCCACAGAGAGACUGUGAGGAAUCUACAGCACCAUGAUCUAGAGCACAUAGAUCUACAACACAGGGAUCUAUUGCACCAGGAUCCAAAGCACAGAAAUCUACAGAACAGUGAUCUACAUCACAGGGAUCUACUGCACCAAGAUCUAGAGCACAUAGAUCUACAACACAGAGAUCUACUGCACCAGGAUCUAGAGCACAGAAAUCUACAGAACAGUGAUCUACAUCACAGGGAUCUACUGCACCAAGAUCUAGAGCACAGAAAUCUACAGCACAGUGAUCUAGAGCACAGCAAUUUACCCUACACCAAUCCACAGCCGAGAGAUGUACAGUACAGGGAUCUACAUUACACCAAUCUACAGCACAGCGAUCGAGAACACAGGGAUCUACAGCACCAAGAUCUAGAGCACAGAUAUCUACAACACAGGGAUCUACAGCACCACGGUCUACAGCACAGUCAUCCACAUCAACGAGAACCACAGCACAGAGACGCACUGCAGAUAGAUAUGGACGAUCCCACUCAAAGAGAAAUGCUGCGGGAGCUCCCAUUGGCCAAUGAGGUGGUGGAGAAACAUGUCACUCAUUCAGCCUACUCAGCCACAGGUGAGGAGACUCUCACCCCAGUAUCGACUCCAAACCUUGGGACUCUAGACAAACACCUUCCCAAAGACUCAGAAACGGGGAAUAACCUGCCAACAUCUGAAUCAGCCACAUCCUCUCCCCUGCCAAACAUGUCCUCGCCUUCGCCGACCACAUCCUCUCCCGCACCAGCCAGACCCUGGCUUUUCACACACUACCCGCUACCAAGCGCACCCUCUCCCCCACCAGACAUGCCCUCCCCCCUGCUGAGGAGGAGAGAAGAGAUCAUGCACACACACGUGGAAAGAGAGAAUCCUUUCUUCACUACCGCAAUAUCUGCACCACCCGCUGUCCACUCAAACCCCACUUCAAGUCCAGGAUGUGCAGCACAGAGGAGCGUAUUCAACCCCAUCCUGCAUGCGGACUACCUCUACUCUGAGCCUCGUCUACACACGAAGCGCACCCACACAGAGCUCCACCAACACGGAGACCAGGCCCGUGCUGAAAGCACGGAGAGAAAGAGGUUGACCACGGCUGGCUGUGGCGAUAUCUCUGCCCUGGGGCCCCUGCCAAGCAGGAAUAAACCCAAGGGACCCCCUCCACCCGUCCCCAAGAAACCCAAGAACCCCUUCAUCCGUCCCGAGCAGGAGCCCCACCUCCACACACCCCCUCCUGUGAGGGACUCCAUGAAGCCCAAAGGACCACCCCCGCCGGUCCCUAAGAAACCAAAGUUUUGCCCCUUCUUGCUGGGAAUAGAGCGGGGUACAGCUGCUCCAGAGCCCCACCCACUCUCCCUGGGCAAGCAGCACCAGGAACCGGAGCCCGAGGUGUGGCCCUUGAGGGCCGAGCCGGAGCCCCUGUGUGGAGCGGUGGGCGAGAGCAUGUGGGCCAGGCUUCUGGACCGGAACCAGCUGACCUCCUCAGAGGUACCACCCAGACCAAUCGCAGAGCUCAUAAAGGAGAGAGUGCUGCAGGAGAGGGGCCGCUCCCAGAUCCAGGAGCAGAAUCAGAACCAGAACCAGAGCUCAGCCAGGGAGUCCCAGUGCGCAGUGCGCAGAAUGAUGGAGGGGAGCCAGGCAGUGACGGUGGCUCUGAUGAAAAAGACCUUUGAUGUUCCCAAACGAGUCCCUGAAAACCUGCCUGAGCCCGCACCCAAAAAAAACAUGUUCCGGCGCGUGGUGAGGCAGAGCAAGUUCCGCCAUGUGUUUGGCCAGGCGGUGAAGAACGACCAGUGCUACGACGACAUCAGGGUGUCGCGGGUCACGUGGGACAGCUCCUUCUGCGCCGUCAACCCCAAAUUCGUGGCCCUCAUCAUCGAGGCCAGUGGGGGAGGAGCCUUCCUCGUCCUGCCCCUGCAGAAGACGGGUCGCAUCGACAAAGCCUACCCCACUGUGUGCGGUCACACAGGGCCUGUGCUGGAUAUCGACUGGUGUCCGCAUAACGACCAGGUCAUCGCCAGCGGGUCAGAGGACUGCACGGUCAUGGUGUGGCAGAUUCCGGAAAACGGGCUGGCCAACCCCCUGUCGGAGCCAGCAGUAGUGUUAGAGGGACACUCCAAGAGAGUGGGCAUCGUCACGUGGCACCCCACGGCCCGGAACGUGCUCCUGAGCGCCGGCUGCGAUAACAUGAUUAUUAUCUGGAACGUGGGGACGGGUGAGGCUGUGAUCCAGCUGGAGGAUCUGCACCCCGACCUGAUCUACAGCGCCUGCUGGAACCGCAAUGGCAGCCUGAUCUGCACUGCCUCCAAGGACAAGAGAGUGCGCAUCAUCGACCCGCGCAAAGAGCGCGUCAUCGCGGAGAAGGACAAAGCUCAUGAAGGGGCGAGGCCAAUGAGAGCAAUCUUCCUGGCAGAUGGAAACGUCUUCACCACUGGCUUCAGCCGCAUGAGUGAGCGUCAGCUGGCCCUCUGGGACCCUAAAAACAUGGAGGAGCCCAUUUCUGUUCAUGAGAUGGACACCAGUAACGGAGUUCUGUUGCCGUUCUACGACCCUGACACGAGCGUCGUGUACCUGUGUGGGAAGGGAGACAGCAGUAUUCGGUACUUUGAGAUCACGGAUGAGGCUCCUUUUGUGCAUUACCUGAACACCUUCAGCACCAAGGAACCCCAGAGGGGUAUGGGAUACAUGCCAAAAAGGGGGCUGGACGUCAACAAGUGUGAGAUCGCCAGGUUUUACAAACUUCACGAGAGAAAAUGUGAACCAAUCAUCAUGACUGUGCCCCGGAAGUCGGACCUGUUCCAGGACGACCUGUACCCGGACACGGCGGGCCCAGACUGGGCGCUGGAGGCGGAGGACUGGUUCCAGGGGCGCAACGGGGAUCCCAUCCUCAUCUCCCUCAAACACGGCUACGUCUCGGGCAAGAACCGCGACCUCAAGGUGAUCAAGAAGAACGUCCUGGAGGGCAAGCCCGGCAAAACGGAGAACUCGGCUCCCGCCCGCAAGCAGGUGUCCCCCGUCCCGUCUAUACAGCGGGAGGUGCGGGUGGAGGACAUAGUGAAGGAGCUCCGGACGGUCAGAGAGAUGGUGAGCGGCCAGGAGAGGAGGAUCUCCAAGCUAGAGGAUCAAAUGGCCAAGCUCUCCAUCUGAAGCCCCGCCCCCACACUCACACUUACACACACACACACACACACACACACACACACUAUUCAGGACAAUCCAUUGGCUGGGAGAGGCUUGGGUGGGUGGGGCCAGUCACUGCCGAGUUUGACGACAGCAUUCCGCCUGGAGCCCGCCAAACAACGAUCCCGAGCAACAUUCCAAGAAGACGAAGUUCUGUCCCCUCCGAAGACGCGAAGAUACCUACACAAGAAACACACGGAAAAAUCACAGUGAAAAGAACGAAAAGACAAUUUAGUCCAGCUUUUUAUUAAAAACAAGCUCAUUUUAAUAAUUUUUUUUUUUUUUUUUUUUUUUUUUCAUUGUUUAACUUUUUUGAUUGUGACCAUGAAGAUGCUGUCAUGAGGAGUUAGUGUUUACAGUGCUGUACCUGGCUCUAGUCUUCACUUCCUGUUGCCAAAAUCUCCUUUGCAGUAUUACUUCCUGUUUUUACUUCCUGUAUUUUUUUGUUUUUGUUUUGAGGUGUUGUUUAUGGACGAGUACAGCAGGGCCACGUAAAGGAGGGUAACGCUUCACCUGUCAAUCAAUGAAUCAGUCAAACAAUCAAGCGAUCAUCACUCAAACUGUGAAACUUGCCAAGGACAAAUUCCUUCUGGCUAAAAGCCACCUGUGCUUUCUGUAAGUAAAGAUGUGCUCUCAGGUGCCAUGCCAUCAGUGUUAGUCCGCCUGCCAUUUCUGUGGCCCCGUUUAUAGAAAUGUUCUUGGAUUUAAACUCAGGUGGAAUCUUAAGAUCAUUUCUUCGACUUGUGUUCGCUCCCAACUUCAAUUUGAACGUGUACACGCUUUAAUCUCGUCGGCCAUUUUCCUCUUGAGUAAGGUUCUAUCUCAGCCACUCUUGCACUCUUCACGCCUCACAUUGGUUAUCGGAUUCAGUGUUAUUCUUGCAGUGCUGACACACCGCACUUCAGGGAUUCAGACAUGCAGCACUUCCCCAUAACCGCCAGGUAACUAUCGUACGUACGUCUCGUGUAAACAUUACGUAAAAAUACGAUCGUAUCCAUGUCAAAGUGGGUUUUUACAAAUAACUACUUAGCCAUGGUUUUCUGCGUAAGCCACUAAUUAAGAUAUAAUUUGAUCGUAAGAUAAGUAAGUGAGGCAUCUAUUAGUAUUGGGGUGUGGGAUGAGUCUCGUUAAAAGUGGGGUAGCGGAGUGCAUUAUGAGUCCAAUUGAAAGGGGUACGGGGGUUGUAGGUGAUUCUCUGCUACUUCUAGCUCUAUAUGUCUCCCAGACCCAGACAUCUGUUUGAAACUGAUCUGAAAACAGUUUGUGACAUCUUGCUCCAAUGACCCCUCUUUGCCUGCCAGACGUCAGAGUCCACUGCCACACGUCUGCACACAUACAAUAUGUUCGUGCAAGAGGGUUUUAAUCAUGUCGAGUUUCUUCUGCACACUAAAUAAAUAUGAGUUCCGCAAUACUCCAA